AUGUCUUCCUUAUCAGAUGAACAACAAUGGGAAGAGUUUAAGAAAACUCACAAUAAAAAUUAUGAUGGAGGAGAAGAAGAAUCAAAGAGAUUUAAAAUCUUCCAAGGUACCCUGAGAAAAAUUGAAGAGCACCAAGCAAAGUAUGAUAAAGGAGAAACAACAUUUACCAUGGGUGUGAACCAUUUUGCCGAUUUAACACCUGAAGAAAUGAAAUCAAGAUGUGGCUUGAAACCACAACCAAAGAAGGAUUAG